CCCUUAGCAAUAACAAAAAACCCGUUUUGAUUGAUUUUGUGACAAGUAUAAAUUAAUUAAUGGCUACGCUUGAUCUAGAAGAAAGUGAUAUUGACAGUGAAUAUUCUGAUGAGUUUCUGGAGGAUCUGUCUUAUUCACAAAGCUCUUCUGAAGAAGAGUCAACGCACGAGUUAGUUGCACGGCUAGAAAGCUCGCUGGCCAAGGACCGUUCAGGAUCAAAUAAAGACACCUCCAACUCUAAGCAAGCAUGGAGAGGGAACAAAACUAGUGAUCUUGGGAAGACAUUACGAAUGCCUGUGAAGAUCGCAAAAAGCUCUAGUGUGGAAAAGUUCAACAGCUCAGUAGAUGUACGAGAUGCUUGCUAUUCUAGCUGGCUAUCACAGAAAAGGACAAGUAUCAGUUUGGACCAGAGUUCCAAACAGAGGGCAGUGAACGAAGAACAAAUGAAAAAGAAACUAAAAGAGACUGAGAAGGUAGAGCGUGCAAAAAAGACCGUGGAAAGAUGGAACAAAUCGAAGACAGAAGAACUCCAAAAGAAAUCAAAAACAAAACAAGAAAUGGCUAAACUGAAAGAGCUUGAAGAAGAGGAGAAAAGACAGAAGAUGAUAGCCACUCAGGCAGUGUCUGAGAAAUGGAGGGAGGAGAAAACUAGAGACUUGGUGAAGAAACAGAGAAAACUCCGGAAGAAGCGAGAGGAGGAGGCAAAGAAAAAUAUUGAAAAAAUGACUGAGAAAACAGACGAUGCUGUACAUGCUUUCAACGCCUGGAAACAGAAAAAGGACGGUCACUUGAAAGAGCAUAGAAAAAAGCAACAUAAAGAAAAACAAAUUCUAGAAGGCAAAUCCAGACAGCAGAAAACUGAAAGACUUGACGACUCAAAAAAAGCCUUUGAAGCAUGGAGAUCUAAAAAAGACGACGUAUUACAGACAACUAAAACUCAGUACACAUACAAGAAGCGACCUAAGAUCCACACUCGUGCAUGGUGCCCAGCUAGAGGCAUGAAGCAUGCCUACCCUAAAGACCCUGCUGCUGUCAAGAAGAAGACAAGCAGGGCCAGCAGUACACUAUCUGAAUCUCCCAGUGUGAAAUCAUACGAAUCAGAAUCGUUUGAAUCGACCUCAACUUCCGAGAACUCUUUUAUUGAUAGCGAAAGUGAACAGUCAGUUGAUGUAGCUCCAAUGUGUAGCAUCACUGGUAAAAGAAAAACAAUUCAAGUAUGCUGUCAAACUUUAGAAUAUUGGUGUACUUGUCAACAUUGAUUUAACCAUGCUUCAUAAAAAAAUUGUUAUUGCCAACACAGAACAUUAUGAAAUGUGUAUAAAUUAUAUAAUAAUAAUUAUUACACGCUGUAAAA